GGGCCAAAGGAGUGGAGAGAGCAGGCUCCAGGGAGGCCGCCCUGGGCUCCAGCAGGCUCCGUGGAUGGCGUGGCAAGUGAGCGUGCCCGAGCUGGAGGACCGCCUGCAGUGCCCCAUCUGUCUGGAGGUCUUCAAGGAGCCCCUGAUGCUGCAGUGUGGCCACUCCUACUGCAAGGGCUGCCUGCUGUCCCUGUCCCGUCACCCGGACUCGGAGCUGCGCUGCCCCGUGUGCCGGCAGGAGGUGGACUGCAGCAGCUCCCCGCCUAAUGUCUCCCUGGCGAGGGUGAUCGAAGCCCUGCAGCUCCCCGGGGACCCUGAGCCCCAGGUCUGUGCGCACCACCGGAACCCUCUCAGCCUCUUCUGUGAGAAGGACCAGGAGCUCAUCUGCGGCCUCUGCGGCCUGCUGGGCUCCCACCAGCACCACCGGGUCACGCCUGUCUCUACCGUCUACAGCCGCAUGAAGGAGGAGCUAGCAGCCCUCAUCUCCGACCUGAAGCAGGAGCAGAAGAAGGUGGAGGAGCAAAUCGCCAGACUGGUGAACAACAGGACCCGGAUUGUCAACGAGUCUGAUGUCUUCAGCUGGGUGAUCCGCAGUGAGUUCCAGGAGCUGCACCGUCUGGUGGACGAGGAGAAGGCCCGCUGCCUGGAGGGGGUGGAGGGUCACACCCGUGGCCUCGUGGCCUCCCUGGACAUGCAGCUGGAGCAGGCCCAGGGCGCUCGGGAGCGGCUAGUCCAGGCUGUGGGUGUGUUGGAGCAGUUCGGCAACGAGAGUCACCAUGAGUUCAUCCGGAAGUACCAUGCCAUGGCCUCCAGUGCAGAGCUCCAGCAGGCCCGGCCCCUGGAAGGCACGUUCAGCCCCAUCUCCUUCAAGCCAGGCCUGCACCAGGCUGACAUCAAGCUGACUGCAUGGAAAAGGCUCUUCCGAAAGGUUCUGCCAGCUCCGGAGUCCCUCAAGCUGGAUCCUGCCACGGCCCACCCACUCCUGGAGCUCUCCAAGGGCAACACGGUGGUGCAGUGUGGGCUCCUGGCCCAGCGGCGCGCCAGCCAGCCCGAGCGCUUCGACUACAGCACUUGCGUCUUGGCCAGCAGGGGCUUCUCCUGCGGCCGCCACUACUGGGAGGUGGUGGUGGGCAGCAAGAGCGACUGGCGCCUGGGGGUCAUCAAGGGCACAGCCAGUCGCAAGGGCAAGCUGAGCAAGUCCCCAGGGCACGGCGUGUGGCUCAUCGGCCUGAAGGAGGGCCGGGUGUACGAGGCCUUCGGCUGCCCGCGGGCGCCCCUGCCCGUGGCCGGCCACCCUCACCGCAUCGGCGUCUACCUGCACUACGAGCAGGGCGAGCUCACCUUCUUCGACGCCGACCGCCCUGACGACCUGCGGCCGCUCUACACGUUCCAGGCCGACUUCCAGGGCAAGCUCUACCCCAUCCUGGACACGUGCUGGCAUGAGAGGGGCAGCAACUCCCUGCCCCUGGUGCUGCCCCCGCCCAGCGGGCCCAGCCACCUCGCCCGCCCGCAGCCCACCAAGCUGUAGCGCUGCUCGGGGGGCUGCCUUCCCAGCUGGGCACGGGGGCUCGAGGGGUCCUAUCGGCUCUGGUGAGCAGAGGUUAUGCAGUCGUUCGGGGAGGUCUUCCUGCCUGGGUGUCCCUAGAAACGUUUAACGAUAGGGAGAGAAGGACCACGGUCCCAUCCCCAGCAGUCAGGGGUGUGUUUAUUAACCUCUUUCCAGGCUAUUAACCUGCUUAUUAACCAGUGGAGCCAGGCCGUGGGGCCCGCGGGUCAAGCUGGGCUUCCCUUGGGCCCUCCUAACCGUGAUCUCUGCUUACUCUUCCAUCUGAGGGUGGAAACGCUCCCACACGUGACUUCCCCCCAUCACUGUGAACUUUAAAUGACUUUAAGGAUCAUAAAUUGACGUUAUUUCUUCCUUUUCAAAUGAUUUGCAGUUAUCAACCGCUGUACGUACCCACUGCUUUAUGCUCAGGCCUUUAAAAGCAGCUCCAGCCUCUGGUGGGGCCACAUCUUGCUUCCACCCCCUGCCCAUCGGUCUCUGGUUAGUCACAGCAAACACUCCGUCAUUGCUCUGUCCCCAGAGACUUCUCUCAACUUCCCUCUCUGUUAGAGAAGAUGGAAAUGACACUCCUGCAGAGCAGAAGCAAGUAGGGGCCAGAUGGGGGUGUGGCCCAUCCCUGAAAGCUGCCGGGCACGGGGGAGUGGGUCCAGAGCCCAGGUCUGUGCAUGCUGAGCCUGCCCUGUGGUCACCCCAGACCAAGGCUGGGACAGCUGAAUUCCUUCCCAAGAACAUGAAAAUUGGAAGAGAGAGAGAGAGUGGCUGGGGCUGAGUCAUCUGAGGUCUGGUGCUUUAGAGAGAAGCUCCCCAGCCUUGUGCCCUGAGGUCUGUGGACCCGUCCAAGAGCCUUCCUUGGGGCACAGCCCUGCCCUGUCACCCUGGCAUGAAUCCACAUCGGCCACACAGACAAAGUCUCAACCCACAGCCUAUCUGAACGAUCCUCCAGGAACAGAAGAGGGAGGAAGAUCGUGAGGCGCUACCUCAAGGCCAUCUUUACCGACCGUUAUCCUCACGGGAGACUCAGGACAUCACCUCCCUGGCUGUGAGAAGCUCUGAAGCUUUCUGCCCGCCUUCCCUCCCAGGAGGGCUGCAGUCUAUAAAAGAGCUUAGCCGCAUCUAGAACUGGCUCCUCAGCAACGGGAUAUCCCACAAGUCAAGUUGCAGCCACGAGCCCUUUGAUUUCCACACCAUCCUUUUCGGCGGGGCAACAAGGCCCACGUGCAGCUUCCACCUUUGGCUAAUCUUCCUCCUGCUGUCUAUGUAAGUAAUAAACUGAAUCAAAAGCUG